UCUUUUCCUCUCCACGCGGUGGUUGAGAUCGGCCGGCCGGCACAGCUUGUCCUGAACGAUGCCAGGGAAACUCCUUAGUGACCCCGAUUUGGAAUCAGACGGAGCCAUGGGAAAAGUAGAGACACCGCGAAAACAAAAUGAGAAGAAAGGUAGAAAAGAGAAGCCAAAAUCUAAUAAGACUGAAGAGGCACCAGAAGAAAAGGAAGAAGUUAUUUCCCCGAAAGCUAAAAAAGUUAAAAAGAAAGCAGGGCCUUCUGAGGUUGACAUGAAUUCUCCUAAAUCCAAAAAGGGAAAAAAUAAAGAGGAGCCCUCUCAAGAUGAUGUGAUUUCUCCUAAAACCAAAAGUGUAAAAAAACCCAAAGAGCCCAUGGAAAAGAAAGAUGUCUCUUCUAAAACCAAAAAAGUUAAAAAAAAUGAGGAGCCUUCUGAAGAAGAAGUAGGUGCUCCUAAGCCCAAGAAGAUGAAGAAAGAAAAGGAAAUGAAUGGAGAAAUUGGGGAGAAAAGCUCCAAACUAAAGAAUGGAUUCUCUGAUUCUGGACCUGACUCUAAUUCAAACGAAGCUGCCAGUGAAGAAAGUAACAGUGAGUUGGAACAGGAGAUACCUGUGGAACAAAAAGAAGGAGCUUUCUCUAAUUUCCCCAUAUCUGAAGAGACGAUUAAACUUCUCAAAGCCCGUGGGGUGACCUUCCUGUUUCCUAUACAAGCAAAGACAUUUCACCAUGUGUAUAGUGGAAAAGAUUUAAUUGCACAGGCAUGGACAGGAACUGGGAAGACAUUCUCCUUUGCUAUCCCUUUGAUUGAGAAGCUUCUGGGAGAACUGCAAGACCGGAAGAGAGGCCGUGCUCCUCAGGUACUGGUUCUUGCACCCACAAGGGAAUUGGCAAAUCAAGUAAGCAAAGACUUCAGUGACAUCACCAAAAAGUUGGCAGUGGCUUGUUUUUAUGGCGGAACUCCUUAUGGAGGUCAAAUUGAACGUAUGCGGAAUGGGAUUGACAUCCUGGUUGGGACGCCAGGUCGUAUCAAAGACCACCUGCAGAAUGGCAAGCUAGAUCUCACCAAACUUAAGCAUGUUGUCUUGGAUGAAGUUGACCAGAUGUUGGAUAUGGGGUUUGCUGACCAAGUGGAAGAGAUUUUAAGUGUGGCAUACAAGAAAGAUUCAGAAGACAAUCCCCAGACACUGCUCUUUUCUGCAACUUGCCCUCAUUGGGUAUUUAAUGUUGCUAAGAAAUACAUGAAAUCUACAUAUGAACAGGUGGACCUGAUUGGUAAAAAGACUCAGAAAACUGCAAUAACUGUGGAGCAUCUGGCUAUCAAGUGCCACUGGACCCAGAGAGCAGCAGUUAUUGGGGAUGUGAUCCGAGUGUACAGUGGUUUUCAUGGGCGCACCAUCAUCUUCUGUGAAACGAAGAAAGAAGCCCAGGAAUUGUCUCAGAAUGGGUCCAUAAAGCUGGAUGCCCAGUCAUUACAUGGAGACAUUCCACAGAAGCAAAGGGAAAUCACCCUGAAAGGUUUUAGAAAUGGUGAUUUUGGAGUUUUGGUUGCAACCAACGUUGCUGCGCGAGGGUUAGACAUCCCUGAGGUUGAUCUGGUUGUACAAAGUUCUCCACCAAAGGAUGUGGAGUCUUACAUUCAUCGUUCUGGGCGAACGGGUAGAGCUGGAAGGACUGGGAUUUGCAUCUGCUUCUAUCAGCACAAGGAAGAAUAUCAGUUAGCACAAGUGGAGCAAAAAGCGGGAAUUAAAUUUAAACGAAUAGGUGUUCCUUCUGCAACAGAGAUAAUAAAAGCUUCCAGCAAAGAUGCCAUCAGGCUUUUGGAUUCUGUUCCUCCCACUGCUAUUAGUCACUUUAAGCAAUCCGCUGAGAAACUGAUAGAGGAGAAGGGGGCUGUGGAAGCCCUCGCGGCAGCUCUGGCCCAUAUUUCAGGUGCCACAUCUGUAGACCAGCGCUCCUUGAUCAACUCAGAUGUGGGCUUUGUGACCAUGAUCUUGAAGUGCUCAAUUGAAAUGCCUAACAUUAGUUAUGCUUGGAAAGAACUUAAAGAGCAACUGGGUGAAGAGAUUGAUUCCAAAGCGAAGGGAAUGGUCUUUCUUAAAGGAAAGCAGGGUGUUUGCUUUGAUGUCCCUACUGCAGCAGUAACAGAAAUACAGGAAAAAUGGCAUGAUUCACGGCGCUGGCAACUCUCUGUGGCUACAGAGCAACCAGAGCUGGAAGGACCGCGGGACGGAUACUGCAACUUCAGGGGCCAGCGGGAAGGCAGUCGGGGUCACAGAGGGCAGCGGGAAGGACGCAGAAGCUUCAGGGGACAGCGGGAAGGAAAUAGAAACUUCAGAGGACAGCGAUCAGGAGGUGGCAACAGGAAUAACAGAUUCCAAAACAGAGGCCAGAAACGGAGUUUUAGUAAAGCAUUUGGUCAGUAAUUAAAGUAGAAAAUUUAUAUAGUAAAACAGAACUUUGUUUGGCAACAGGAAACUGAACACUUUUUUUCCACAAAUCGUUAAAAGCACAUUGUGUUUCCUUCCUAACCACUUGUCCAGGCCCAUCUAUUUUAGGGACAAGCUGCUUCCAAAUUAUUUCAUCUGAUGAUUGUCAUUUAUUAGCUUUAUUGCUACUUCUGUGUCAGGCUUUCCUUUUGAAAAGAGAUAUGAAUUCAUUACGUUUUUAUUCUAAUGCAUUUUUUUAUGGCUUAUAAGUUAAACAUGUAAUGCCUAUACUUUUAAGUUGACCUGUCUUUAUACUUAAUAGUGUUCUUCCCCAAAUACCUAUGAGGGAUGCAACAAUCUCUGGAGAAGCACUUUGUUCUGUAAUUGGCAUUCCUCAGCCACCUGCCUAACAAUUCCUCAUGUGAUCCUGUAACACAUCUUCUGACAGUUAAUACUGAGCAAUGUUUUGAA